AUGCGCUCCUCACUUCCCUCGGCCACCACCCUUGCUCUUCUUUCCGCCUUUGUGUCUGCCGACAAGCCUCUCAUUGGCGAUCUCGAAGCCUACAAUCGCGGCUAUCUUGGCGAAUUCCCCUCUCAGACCUUCCAGUCCUCGGAUAUCGUUGCCCCGUUGUUCCAGGUCAACACGUUUGACCCGAAUCUCAUCGACAACUCAGGAUAUAUCUUCUUGACCCUGGAGUAUAGAGGCAAAGGAGGGCCCGCCAUCUUCUCGAGCAAGGAUCUCAGCCUGGUGUAUGCCGAUCUCAAGUACCAGCGAGCUUUCGAUGCCCGCGCGCAGGAGAGACAGGGUUUCCAGUACCUCACCUUCAUCGAGGGGGGGUUCUGCCACAUCUUUGACAAUACGUACCAGAAGAAAUGGACAGUCACAGUGGACGGUCUGGGUGGAACUGAAGCUGACAUCCACGAGUUUCAAUUCACCACCACGGGAACUGCCAUCAUGUCGGUGUACCAAGACGUCAGAUUCAAUCUGACGGCUCUUGGGGGAGCGAUGGAUGGGUGGCUCAGCGAUUCCGUCUUUCAGGAGGUUGAACUUGAAACAAACCGCGUCACCAAUGUGUGGAGAGCGUCGAAUCACUUUAACCUGAACGACACCUUGCUCGAAUACAACCCCGAGACGACUUUCAGGGGAGGCGAAGGCUUUGACUGGUUCCAUUUGGACAGCGUGUUCAAGACUAAAGACAGCCACUAUCUGGUGUCAUCAAGGGCACUAUCAGCGAUCGCCCUCCUUCGAGCAGAGGAUCUCAACCCGCGGUGGAUUCUUGGGGGCAAACGAAAUCAAUUCAAAGACCUCAGCGACGGAAACGCAACAAACUUUGCCCACCAGUACAAUGCGAGGUUUGUCCAGGGAAACGAGAGUCGGCUCAGCUUCUUCGACAACCAGGUUCGGGAGACGGGCACUUGCAGUCAAGGUAACUGCUCUCGUGGGGUUGUUGUGGAACUCGACUACGAAGAGAUGACAGUAAAGCUCCUACACGAAUUUUACCAUCCUCAAGGCAUCUCGUCUGGCUCUGGGGGAAGCGUUCAAGGCCUGGACAAUGGCAAUUUCCUGGUUGGUUGGGGCGCAAACCCUGGCAUCACGGAGCAUCUUCCCAACGGAACAAUGGCCAUGGACAUCCAACGAGGGGUGAUGCCUCAUGAUCAUGAAGAUCAGGUGGACAUGGAUAUGUCGGUUUACCGCGCGUGGAAGAUGGAUUGGGAUGGCCGACCACCAUGGGGCCCGUCAAUUGCAUCCGUAUCCCCAGGAAAUGUGACAACGGAUGCUACCAUCUAUCUUUCGUGGAAUGGCGAUACCAAGGUGGCCAGAUGGGAGGUGUACGCUGGCGAGGACGAGAAGAACGUGACAGCUUCUCGCAAGGUCAUCGGCAACUCGACUCGCACAGGUUUUGAAACGGAGAUCCUGCUCGAAGGGUUUUCUCACCCCAAGUUUGCAAGAGCCGCUGCCCUGGACAAAGAUGGCGAGGUACUGGGUCUUACAGCUACAGUCGACAUUGCGAGUGGCGAGAUCCAUGGGAACAGCAGCAGUAUCUAG